AUGGAUUCUAAUGAAUAAGAUAAAGAAAUAUAAUUUUUAUAGAAAAGGGUUAAAUUGACUCAAUAAGAAAAUGAAUUAUUAAGAAAAGAAAAUCAAUUAUAAAGAUAAUCACUUACUUAAAUGAAAAAUACAUUUACAAAUAUUAUCUCAACAAAAAGAAUUAAAACAGCAGAUGGAAGAAAUAAUUCAGUUUCUGAGUAUAUUUCAUUAUGAAAUAACUUAGACGCUUUUAAAAUGAAGAUGCUCUGAGAUAAGUAUUAGAAAUGCAAAGAAAUCGAAUUAAUUAAUUAGAAAAGGACAAUGAAUAAUAUAAAUUGAAAUAUGAGAAAAAAUUCACAAAUAAUUUAACAAAAUAAAUCUUUUUUUAUUAAUAUGAACUUAUUGUAAUUUCUUGUAAUUUAAUCUUCUUUACAGUAAAAUAUUUCUUAGAGGCUGUCAUACAAACAUAUUAUUAACUCAGAAGAACUAAUCAAAUCAAAAAUUUUUUAAUAUAUAUAAAAUAUAUAUAAACGUGCAGCUCUUUCAUAAUUGAAAUUAAAAACUCUUUAAAAAUUGAAAAUCCAAGUAUUUAUUCUCAUGGCAUUAUUAUUUCAAGAUAUAUCAAGAAAAACACUCUUUUUUUAGAUUAUUCAAAUUCAAAACAAAAAGGGUUGCAAAAUUAUUAUAAGCAUACUCAACCCAAUAACACCUAUUUUUUAUGA